CCGAAGUGAUGAACUGCAGGCUACGAAGAGGAGGAGACUGAGUUUGCGCGGCGCUGCUGCUGCUGCUGCUUCUUCUGCUCCUGUACGAACUUUCUGGACGCAAACGCGGAAACAUUCGCUGGGAAAAUCUGGUAUUUUGAAGGAAGUGAGCGAGGAGGAGAGGGCCUGAGAGACUCGGAAGUGAGAUCAGAAUGUCGGCGGCGUCUUCGCUGCAGCUCGGCCAGGACGGCGCGGUGCGCUACAAGAAGCGCAAAGCCAAUUUCACUUUCAGCGAAGUGCACAUCCUGUUGGAUGAAGUGCGCAAAAACCGCCACAUCGUUGUGGGUAAGUUCAAUUCUGGCAUUCCCAGUGACGUGAAGAGGAGGAAGUGGACGGAGAUCACACAGCGCAUUAACGAGAUCGGCGAGUGCGACCGCGAAGUCGGUGAGGUCAUUAAGAAGUGGUCCGACCUCAAAUGCGACACCAAGCGUAAAAUCGCGGCGCUGCACUCGGGCGUGGCCCUGCCCCACUCAUCAGACCUCACUCAGACCGAAAACAUCGUGGGCUCCAUUCUGGAGCUGGACAAGAAGCCGUGGGAGGCGGCGCGCUCGUCGCGGGGACGCAGCAGGAGUGAGGAUCAGGACACGACCGUAGCAGACGAGGACGAUGACAUCGCCUUCAUGGGGCCGGGAUCGGUUCAGGAUUCUCCCAGAUCGGGAAUCGAGACGAGGCCGAUGCCGCCACCUGCUGCAGGAGUGGGGGGGUCCGAGAUGAAAUUUGACCCCUCGGUUACCACAGAUGCAGACUCUCGCGGGAUGGACUCGGACGACGACCACCACGACAUGUUCCCCUCGUCUCUGAAUAACUCGUACACGGAGGACGACGGAAAUCUCAGCAGCGCCGCGCACGUCUCCUCCUCGUCCGCCGGUCACGCUCAGGCGGGGGCGGAGUCAGAGAGCGCACGCGAGCAGUUAGCGCAAAGCGCUAGCCUUAGUGUGCAGGAGCAGCAUGUGACGAACGCGCUGCUGGGCACGGUGUCGCGCUCGCUCGAGCUCCUGGCCGAGUCGGUGCAGCAGCUGGCGGAGACGCAGCAGGAGUUUGUGCGCGAGUCGCUGCGGCUGCAGAGGGAGACGGUGCAGGUGCUGCGAGAGUUCGCCUCCGGGGCGCUGACGCUUCUGCACGAAAGGGUCAACGGCAAACCGCCGCUCAUUUAGACUCCAGCGAAGUUUCAACAGCGUCACUGCCAAAAACUUUACCGCAGCACCAGGACUGCGCUCAUGCAAAUCACACUAACCUUUUAAUCACUAUAUCAUAAAUCCAAGAGGAGAUUCUGUUCAGUCUUACGUGUUAUUCUUGCGUGGUGAGCAGAAUUAUGGAAUUGCCUAUAAAAAAAAACUAAACAAAACAGUGUCCUUUUGAACGAGCACAAACGCUAAUUAGGCAGCCUGCUUCUGGAAACACGGCAGCGUUAAUGAUGACGUUUUGAAGCGUUCAUGAUGAUAAUGUGGACAAUGCGCGUUAAAUAUCGUGAAAUAUCAGCACAGCUCUAGCAGGGAGGAAACACCGCAGUCUCCAUGUCCUGAGAUUGAUCUCAGAUAUUACUUAUACGACUCUAAAGCUGCCUUUUUACAUCACUGAGUCGGGUGAAAAUAUUCCACACGCUGUUGCGAGUCGAGUUUUGUGUGUGACGGUGUUUUAAACAUCCAUAGCAACAGUAGUGUUAUUGACUUUAUUAUUAUUAUUAUUAUUAUUAUUAUUAUUAUUAUUAUUUUUAAAAAGCUUGUUUUCUUUAUUUUUAAAUACUCGUACGCCAGGUGUCACUUUUAUGACUUUUACGCCUAUUCAAAAAGACAUCUUUUUAAGCGCUGAAAGCUCGACUGAGGUAACAGAUGAUAGCUAUGGUUGCUAAGCAGUGAUGGGCGGGGCUUAGAAUCCGUUGUGAUUGUGCGAUGAUAACAAUACACUCCCGUUUCGUUCAUGCAUUUUUCACACUCAAGGAAACAAAAAAGAUUCAAAUUCUUGCAUUCUCGUUAGUUUACGAUAUUAUCACCACACCACACACUGCUAAAACACAGUUCCUCAGUCUGAGCUGCCAUGUUUUUAUACUUUUUUCUUCUGUUAUUGUUGUAAAUCUCGUCUGGUGAGCGUAAUUAUAGGCUUGGUUUCAUGCCCUCGUCCUGCCUGCAGAGUUUGUGAGGUACUUAGGGAAAUGCAGCGAGGAAAAGACUGACGCCAUUCUGAAAGGUCCACGAUGAAAAUAUUGUGUGUCCAUGUUCACACUAUACUCAUAAAAUCAUAAAUAUCAUUGUCUGUAACAGUGAAGACAUUUAUAUUAUGGGAAUUGUUAUCCUUUUUUUUAACCUGUAAAAAAUUGCCUCCACUGAAAAGUUCUUCCGUCAAAAAAAAAGAGGAAAAGGUAUUAUUCUUCUGGAUGCCAUACAUCAUGUAAAUGUGUCUAAAGGAAGUGAAAUAAAGGCCCUGCUGAUCUUUUGGGGAAAUGGUUUGGAGAAAAAUCCGCGUUUCUAAUGACCUUUAUGUAACAUGGAACAUUCUGGAUUGAUCAGGAGCAGAAAACAAAAUGGCGGCCGCGUUCAUCUUUAGCUUUGUGCACUGACCUUGUGCUAACUGUUGACUUACAGCUUAUGUUUAUAUAUAUAUAUAUAUUUUACCACAGCACUGUUGGAUUCUGGUUGCUCUGAAGCUGCUGGUGUGUGAGAGAGAAAAAGAGAGAGAGAGAGCAAGAGCAAGCAUGCAUGUGGUGGCAGGCAGACUGAGCUGUGUUCUGCAGGUCAUUAAUAUCUAUUCAACACGAACAGCGCAGCUGCUGGAAGGAGCUCAGUGCCAACUGUCACCUGCCGGAGUGACAAAAGAGAGAAGGAUUAAGGAGGAGAAAAGCGAGGGAUGGCGUUAUCGAUCGUUCUCCUCCCUGGACCACUCACUCCGCUGUGUGUCUCCGCUGACCUCCUGACCUCGUCUUUUCUCCUGAUCUGUCCUCCCCCGCCGUGCGCCUCGUUCACUCUUUCAUCUCACAUCUGUCGCUCCGGAGGAGUGCAGCAUUGGCCCGGGGGCCCCGUCCCCAUCUCCUGAACAGCACCUACAUGCCCCUUCAGACGGCCCCUUCUCUUCUCGUCUUUUCUCUUCUCUUCUCGUUUCCUAUCAGUUGCUUGAUUGCAGUCAGAUCUCAAAUUAUUCAGAUAAGCUCCCAAACACUAACCGAGAGAAACAAGUGUCUCGUAAAACACAGCAAGGAGCUGUGAAGUGAAGAAACUGGGAAAUUCAGAAAAGCUCUGAAGCAAGAAACCUUGAAAACGAAGUACACAGAGCAGAUGUUUGGUAUAAACACACUGACUAACCAGACAAAAUACAGCUUAUUUAUCCUACAAACAAAAGCCACUGAUCUCAGAUCACACGCAUCAUUUUGCUAGAAAAAAAAAGUUCAAUUCUCUCCCCCAAACGAGUUGUUUUGUCCCUCUGGAGGAAACCUUUUAUGAUUUUUAUGAACAGAGGAUUUCUCUUCCGAAGUAGAACCUCUGUAGAAAUCCAGAACC